CUCUGCAGCUGUCACUUUCCGAGAAGCGUGAAGCUGAAUCGUCAAUAUGGCAUAUUAUUAUGCAUAUAAACCAAUGCUGGGGAAGUUCGGCGGUUGGCAUCUACUCUAGAUGUGUGUACCCUAGAACAACAGAAUUUCAGAGCAAUUAAAUGAUGGAAGCCACAUUAAAAUCAAAUCAUCUGGUCAGAGUGCUGAACAGUUCAUCAGUCAGCAAUGUUUGUGAGAUAAACAGUGUGUCCAAGCCUGAAAUCCAGCCAGAGCUAGGAUGAACUAUUCCUUGGAAAUUACUUACAGCAUUAGUGGAAUGUCUUCCAUACAAUCCUGCAAGCAUAUCAGGAGAUGAAUAUUUCAACGACCAAGGUAGAGCAAUUGAUGGAAGCCACUUUAAAGACACUGAUAAUCUGGUCAGAAUGCUGAAGAGUUUGUUAGUUAACAAUGUUUCUGCAAUAAAUAACAGUAUGUCCAAGCCUGAAAACUCGACUCUACAAUGUCAGAGAGCAACUACCUUACUAAAACAAGAUUAACAAUUGGAAAUUACUCACGGUGUCCAGCCCAGCAUUAGUGGAAUGUGUUCCAUACAGUCAUGGGAGGUUAUCAGGAGAUAGAGAUUUCAAUGACCAAGGUACCUGAGUCAUGGCACUGAAUGAAUUAUCAGAAUUUGUUUUAGGGUCUAUGCUCAAGUUUGAGCAAACGAUUAGAUCCGAUAUAAAAUCAGUCGAUUUUUUCAUUAGUAAUGAUGAAGACGCUGUCAUUAUAAAAACUUCCUGUGAUCGAGACAGAAGCCCAGAUAAGACAUCUGAAGAUGGUAAAAUAAAUAAGUUCUACCCAUUUCUUAAUUCAGUAAUCAAUAAAGUGAGAAGUGUAUUAGGUAAACCUGUGCAGGAUGACAAUGAGGUUGUUGAUGAAGGCGCAAUAAAGCCAGCCACGUCAAAUAGAAGAGAGAAAGAAAUUUUGAACGAAACAUCAACUCCAGCUAAAAAACAGAAAAUCUUCAAUAAUGAAGAUUAUGGUUUUAGAACAAAGCUUCUGUUUGGCCUACUCUCUUGGAUAAUCUACAGCCAAUUGAUAUCUCCUGUCCGUGCCUCAGAUAGGCCUCCUGUCCGUGCUGCAGAUAGGCCUCCUGUCCGUGCCUCAGAUAGGCCUCCAGUCCUUGGCCCAGAUACAUGUCAUAAUGAUAGGUCAAACAAUCCAAAAAACAUGAAGGUGACACCAGGUGAUAACCAGACGUUUAGGAUUACAUUCAAAUGCCUGUCAGUAGUGGAAAAUAUACAGGUUGUGUUUUACCGGGACAAUAGCUCAACUGCGAUAAAUGUGUGGAAGUUGUAUGAUAAAAAAGGAAAUCAGCCCUAUAAUCCACAUUUUAAAGGACGAAUGCAGAUUGAAGUUGAUCUUAAGAAUAGGAAAAUGAAGGUGACUGUGAACAACAUAACACUUCAAGGUAGAAUUGUUGUGUGGAUAGAUUUUCCUGAUGGUCGUAUAUAUAUUCCACAAAAAAAAGAUGAAAGUGUUGUUAAUUCAACCACCAGGCCAACAAUGACAACUAGAAAAGUUAAUGGACAUGAUAGGAAAGCAAUGAACAGUGCUGUACCCAUAUCAGGUUUAACCAUCUUGGCCAUCAUCGAUUUUAUUUUAUUUAUCUGUGGAGUAGCUCUGUACAUUGUUGUUCAGAUAUUAAAAACAUACAAAAUAUGCAGGAAUAGAGGUGGAGUAUAGAUGGUAUAGGAUACUUAAAGGAAUUCUUAUAUGGCCAAGUUUUAUGGAUAUUAAUCAAUAAUCUGAUUAAUAAUAAAACAAAUAUUAAACUAGAUAUAGAACUAAUCACUGGUAUUUUGGGAAAUAUAUUGGACCUGAUAUUGUGCAAACCCUGAUUAUGCUUAGUUAGAUAUUUAUAAUGAAAAACUCCUAAAUUCAUAGCCUAUAUUAAGUAUUAACACAAGGUACAAUUGUACCUCGUGUUAAUAUGUUCAAUUACUAAAUGCCAAUCAAAGAAGAUAUAUUAAGUAUGUUUAAAAGAAAUAAAGUACUAUUGCCAUAUAGAAAAACAAAUGUAUGUAUCUUGUGUUCAGAUGAAUAUGUUUAUUAAAGUUAAAGAUGCAUUAUGUAAGAGCUAAAUCUGUCUAUUAAAGGUCUUUAUUUUGGCUUCAAAAAUUAUAUAUUUAGAUAUUUAUACACAUGAUAAGCCCAUAAUCUACUCUCUAGACCAUCGGAUGGCGGAGAUUUUAAUCGAUAAAAACCAGGUCGCCAUUUAAUUUGAAAAUGGAGUAGUGCUACGAUAAGGAACAGUCGAUGCCCCAUGUUAUCAAAACUUCAAACGGUGAUAACGUCAAAAAAGUAAUUUGAAUGAAAUUUUCAAUAUAUUCAUUUUGCGUUUUCUAUUUUUGAACUAUUAUAACAAGAAUGUUCAGCUCUUUAUCUAAGUCUUACAUAGUGCAUCUUUAAUAGGAGGGAUAACUAUUCAAAACUGUUUUCUUGAUUCCCUUCAUUAUAAAAUUUAGUGACUGGUAAGUUGUGAUAACAUUGAAAGAUAUAUUUAAUUCUUGUUUUUUAUAAUAGCAAGGACAGUUUUUCAAUUUAUCUAUUUACCUCUUUCCAGUCAUUGAAAGGGAAGAUAUCUGAUAAAUGAACUUUCGGAAUUCUUUCGUAUCAUUGAGGAGAUGGAACAGUAUAAAUUUGAACGUAAUAUAGAUAUUAUAUAUUUUAUUUCUUGAGUAUUGAAUGAAUCUAAUGCUAUAAUGAUAGAAAGACCUGUAAAACAAACAAUUCCGACAAGGAAAGAGAGAGUGAAAUGUUGUUUAACGUCCACUCACAAACUAGUAGGUCAUUUCUGCACAAUGUAUGUUUAAAUAACUGUUCUGUAUCUAUAUAAAAAUCUCAUAUACCAGGUUGACUUGCAAUGGUUGUCACACAUCUACGGGCACACAUCAACAGGAUUGUAAUAUUGAAAAUGGGCCCUUAUUUGUAAACAGACAUAUCUUUAGAUGUGCACAACACCUACAAGUAAAAUAUAAAAAUUUUCCCUUUUUAUUCGCCCACAUUUUCAUGUGAACGUAUAUUGUCGUCGCCCCUGUCUGUCCGUCACGUUUUUAGCUUGUGGACACUCUAGAGGUCACAAUUUUGAUCCGAUUUUUAUGAAACUUGAUAUGCAUGUUUAUAACCCAAAUAUCUUGUUUCCUGUCGAUAUAGAGGUCAUGAUUUUUAUCCGAUUUAAAAAAAAAACGUGUGAAUAUAUCACAGUUAUACACUAAUGAUGGCAAAUAUCUUGUUUCCUGUCGAUAUAGAGGUCAUGACUUUUAUCCGAUUUAAAAAAAAACGUGUGAAUAUAUCACAGUUAUACACUAAUGAUGGCAAAGUUCGAAUUUCGUGAAAAUCAGACAAAAAGUGACAGACAUAAUGACCACCCCUUGUACGCAAAUAGUGUAAAAAUAGGGUAUAUCAAGGUUGUGGACCCUAGAGGCCACAUUUUUUAUCCGAUUUGGAUGAAACUUUAAAUAUAUGUUUUUAUCGUAAAGACCUUGGUUCCGUUUGAUAAUCACACAUAUCUGAACGUAACUUUCUGGAUUAUGGAUCCAGAUUGGUCGAAAAAUCUCAUUUUUAGCUUGUGGAUUCUCUAGGGCUCACAAUUUUUUUUCCGAUUUUAAAAAACGUUUAUAUAUAUCUCCAUUCCACCAUAAUGAAGGUUGAAUUGGAAUAUUUCCACAUUUCAGACCAUAACUUUCUGGAUUAUGGCCUAUUGAUUUUCAGCAAUUUCCGAUAAUUACUGCCAGAGUUAUGGCCCUUGAUCACUUCAAAAAAUCUUGUGGACGCUCUAGAGGCUAAAUUUAUUAUCCGAUUGACUUUAAAUUUAUACACAGUGUUUAAGGUCUUAAGAUGAAGAAUCCUAUUGAUUUUCAGCGAUUUCCGAUAAUUAAUGCCAGAGUUAUGGCCCUUGAUCACUUUGCAAAAUCUUGUGACGCUCUAAAGGCUAAAGUUAUCAUCCAAUUGACUUCAGAUUGAUACAAAGAGUUUAAGAUCUUGAGACGAACAAGUAUAUUGAAUUUCACUGAAUUUUUAUGAAUUGGAACAGCUAAAUCCAUGAUAUUAAAAGUUUUGUAUACAAAACGUUAGCAUGGGGCAGGACUUUAUAAAAACCAAACAAAUUCUUAUGGUUUUCUGUGUUGUUGCUCUUAAUCAGAUUUUAGUGUAUUAUAUAGUGUAUUUCAUUACCGAAAAAAGUAAAAAUAUGCGACAACUCUUAAUGACUGCCCGGACGAUUUAGCUGCUGUGGACGUAUGUUUCUUUGCCUGGCAACCUAUCUUUGGUAUUUUCCGCUAAUAGGUUGGGUUUUUUUUUCAAAUAUCAUUUAUUUAGACUUCUAAUAAACCUAUGCUCUAUCUUUAUUUUAAUGUUUUAUCUUAUGUUUCAUGUAUAUUUCAACUUUAAAUUAUGUAUUUUAUUUUUAACAUUUUAUAAAAAAGGGUGCCAUAUAAAUUCUAUGAUAAUAAUAAUAAUAAAAGGAAUAUCAGUCCAAAAAUGGUUUGAUCGAGUAUUUACAGAUAGGAUGAAUUGAAAUUCAGCAUUCUCUGCAGUUGAUAUAAAAGGGAUAUUGUCAAAACAUUCCACCGCAAAUAUAUAAUAUUUGAAGUUGUAUGUUAUGUUAUUGUAACUGUUCUUUGUUUUAAAAAAACAAUUCCAAGUAUCUUUAUUCCUUUCUGAUACUUUGAGAACACCCAUCAAUGACAUACAGUCCUGAGUAAUUGAACAGUGUUACUUAUUAAUUAUUCAUGUUAGAGUAUUUCGGUUGCCCUUGUCCGUCUGUCCACCUUAAUUGAAGGACACACCAAUUUGAAGUUUCAUUUUUCAGGAACACCUAAAUUUUUCUUCUUGGAAAAAAUUACUUGGUUACUUUUCUCAAAAGAUUAAAACCUGUAACGGUAGUGAAUUGUAAUGGAAAUUGAAGAUAUUAAAUUGUAGAAACUUUCUAGUUACUUCAUAAGAAAAUGUUAUGGAUGGCAUCUUCGAUUCAUACAUCUAUUUCUUCACAAAUUAUUUGUAAUAAUUAUUUGAAAAAUCAUUUAAAUAUUUAAUAAUAUGUUGUAUUUCAUAUAAAAUGUUGUAAAUAAAUA